GUGUGUAUCUAUGUUUGUAAAUACUGUGUGUAUUUAUCCAACCCUUGAAGCGGUAUGCAUGUACAUGGUUGAAGAUUUCAGAUUAUUGAAAAAUGCACACAGUAUUAGUGACAGGAGGAUGUGGUUUUCUAGGUCAACAUGUGGUCAAACAUUUACAGCUAUAUGGAGAGAACAUAAAGGAAAUACGGGUUCUAGAUUUCAUUCCUUUUGAAAGAAAAUUAGAAUACAACUGUGAUAGGACGAUAACGUCAGUCAUUGGAGACAUACAGGAUGUAGAAUUAGUCACACGAGCUUGUAAAGGGGUCGAUGCUGUGUUCCACCUAGCGUCAAAAAUAGACGUUUCCUUACUUCCUGACGUACAAUCUAUGUAUGAUGUUAAUGUAAAAGGUACACACAAUAUCAUUAAAGCGUGCAAAGAAAAAGACGUGCAAUACUUGAUAUACUGCGGUACUUUAGGAUCAUUUUAUGGGUACGACGCUGUUCGGAACGGAACAGAAACAUCUGUAACUUUUCCAAAGAAAUGUUCACAUGGCCAUUACGGAGAAACAAAACGGAAAGCUUUGGAGAUCGUUAUAAAUGAGAAUGGAUCAUCUUUGAAAAAUGGUAAAGUUCUUCGAACUAUUGGUAUUUUACCUCCCGGGAUGUACGGCGAACUUGAUCCAACCAAUACAAUAUCUCGUAACAGAUCAGUGCGGAAUGGAAUAUACUAUCGUGUAAUGGGAGCCAUGGAGGCAAAAAUACAAUACAGUUAUGUUGGAAAUGUUGCUAUGAUGUUUGUCAGAGCGUAUCAGUCAUUGCUUAACAACGAAAAGCUUGGCGGACAGUACGUUUUUGCAGUUGACGAUUCACCACCACAGACACAUAUAGAACAUCGAAAACCGUACAUAGGCGAAACUAUUGGAGUAUCGUCAUGGUUUGUGUCACAUCGCUUUGUGUGUGCUGUACUCCAUUUCAUAUACAUUUGCUUACUUAUAAUAAGUCCGUUUAAAAAGAUAAAUUUUCAGUUAUCGCCUAAUGUAAUUAAUUUUGUCAAUACAACUUUUUAUGUAACAUAUGAGAAAGCAAAAAUGAUGUUUGGUUACAAACCUUUUUACGACUUCAAAGAAUCUAUCCGUAGAACUAUAGACAGCUUGCCUAAAGUAAAGCAGUGACCGACAAAACAAUUGACUGAAGAAAAGUAUAGAAAACUUGAAAGUUUGCAGACAAUAAACUAUUGAGGAAGGACCUUCUAGAUUUAAAUUUGAAGACAGGCGUUGUUGUUAUUUUGUAAC